AUGGACGAACCGGAGUUCGAAUCAAAUUGGUGCGACUUGCCGCCAGAGUUCAAGCAACAGUGCAUUCAAAAAAUGCCCAUUGUAACUAGACUGAGGAAAGAGAUCUUGUGGAUUUGACUAAAUUUCACCUGAGAAAAGUUGAAAUUGAUUCGAAUAGAAUUAAGUUAGAGGAAGCAGGCGAUGAUUAUCUAAACCUGGAUAUUGAACUGAAUUAUCGGGAUAAUCGCAUCGAAACUCACAUGAUUCCGUUGCUCGAUUACAUUUUCAAAGGCGGAAUCAUUAAAAAGUUGCAAAUUUCCGACACGAAUUUCGACCGAAAUAAGGAAACUAUCAUCAAAAAGAUGACUCCGAUGCUGCAAGAACGUGUUCUUCAAGUGAAAAAGAUCAUUUUAACUUUCACGAAUAACGCUCGUUCUCAAUUUUUGUUGUCAAAAUGCGAUGAGAGAUAUCUAGAAGUGGUUGAGCUCUUCGAUUGGUAUGAUAGUUUUGGCAUCGUCGGACUUCCGAUUAAGUUUAUUGCUAAUGACGCAGUGAUUGGAACAGAUUAUCGUUUUUAUACUUUUGAUCAAGAAGAAAUUGGAUCUAGCCCACGAAAAAUUCGCAGAUCGUGUUGUAUUGUUCAAGGAUAA